CUCUGCAGAAAGAAGGCUGUUCUUUUCGACAUUCGUCGCGAGAGUACUUACAGAGGAACAAGCAGAAAAUUUCGUCCGCUUUGACAAAAGCAGGACAAACCGUGAAAAAAUCAAAAUUUUGCAAAAUUCAAGUGCAAAUUAGUUGGCCGUACCGUUUUCCUGGGGUGGAAAGUCGCGCGCGCUACCCCAAAGUGAUUACUUGGCGGGGGAAAACGUGGCCCCCAGCAGCAGGCACGAGACUGGAACAGAAAAGAAAAAAAAAGUGAACCCAGCGCAGAGCACCAUCAUCAGAUCGCAGUGAGUGAGUGGAAUAAAACGGAAAAAAUGAAUCCGCGGAGCAGCAGUGUGUAGUGUCAGUGGCGUUAAGGAAUAUAGGAUUCCAGAUAGCGAAGGGAGAAAAUAUCGCCUCAAUUCCAGUGUUUCUAGACACGAAUCACGAAAAUCCAGACCAAUCCGGCUCGACGGGAAUAGCUAAAUAAAAACAAAUACAGAAAAGUCCGACCUCUGCACUCCGACUCCCGACCGAGUCCAAGCAUUCAUCCUACAACAUUUCGAACAUCAGUCAGUGAGAUCAACGUGCAGAGAAGAAGAGUAAAAGAGUAAAGGAGUAUCAACAAAGCAUUAGAGCGCAUGAGAAAAUAAAACGGAAAAAGAGCAACAAAUGUGUGUGCAAAAGUGUGAAGUGUAGUACCCCCCCUGCAUGCGAGUGAGGCGGGUUGAAGGAAAGUGUGGUGCAGUGCAUCGUGAAGAAUAAGCAGAGCGAAGAAAAAAGGAGAGCCCCUGUGUCAUAACAAAGAAAGAGUGCAGUGAGCGCGCGCGUGGUUGAAGAAAAUUUACAAAUUGCGUGUGUGUGUGAUUGAUUAAAAGGCAGUUGAAGAAGAGCAUCUUAUAGUAAAUAGGAAUACAAAAAUUGCAGCAGUGUGAUACGUGCGACAUAGAAGUUUAUUGUUUCCGAAGGAGAGAUAAAUGCGUGGAAUUCUCCAGUGCAUGUGCUGCGGAACAAGUGAUUAUUGAAUGAGCAAAAAUAUCUGAAGCAAGAAAAAGAUCGAGUUGAUAGAAGUUAAAUUGUAAAAUUUUCAAUCGGAAUACCAUAACACAACUAUAAUAAAAAGAGAGGCAAAACACAGACCGAAACGUAAACACAGCGAGAGGACGUACCAAACGUGCACUAGCUUCAAAGGCAGCCAUCGACCGUCGUCGGCAGACGGCAAAGUGAAUGAACAAAACGAGAGUGAAAAGUUGAGAUAGGCCCAGAAUACACAAGGCACAGGCAAAAAAUGAGCAUUGAUCCAACCAACGUAGCUCAAACAACAGCCUCUACAGUAGCAACAACAACAACAACAACAGCAGCAGCAGCAUCAUCUUUGUCAUCGCUCGGUGCGGAAGAGGAGGAAGAAUCGACACUGGUUGAAGUUUCACCUUCUUCAUCAUCAUCACCAACGACGGUAUCGUCGCUGUCGGCAUCGUCCCGAACCAGUACUGGCACUGGUGACGAUGGGUCCGAAUCACAUCCGGAAGAGGUGGCAAACAUCGCUGCGAACGAAAAAUCAACGACGACAACGAUGACGAUCACGAGUGAAGAUGCAGCUGCAUCUGCAGAUUCAUCAGAAGCCAGUACGGUGGCGUUAGUCGAGGAUCUGACUCCUGAGCAGAUCCAUCGUCAGCAACAGCAGCAGCAGCCGACCUUAGCACCGGUGGCAGCGCAGGUUGCAACUGACUUACCAAUAGAACAUCAGCCACGGAAUACUCUUCCGAUCCAGUCCUCGUCCUCACUGUCGACUCCGUCCUCAUCCGAAGAUUACGAUGAAUCUGUAACCACUAGCAGCACCGAAGGCGCCUUGAACGUUUCCAGUAGCAAUAAUCAACUAAACAACAAUAACAACAGUACAGCAAUAGGCAGCAGUGAUCAGCAGGCGACGGCAAAGAAGUUGAGUUCGAUUGAAAGUGCCCUUCCACCAUUAGCGGCUUCGACAGCCACAUUGGUCACUAGUACCCCUGAACGUACCCCCAGUUGUAAAGCGGAAGAAGAAGAGCAGAGGCAAGCACCGAUAGAGAUAGUACAAAUCUUUCCUUCCACUGCAACAACGUUAUCCUCUUCGAUAACGUCCUCUUCAUCAUCGUCCUCUCCUUCGUCGGGCUCUUCUUCAUCAUCGGGUACAUCAUCGGCGUCCUCAACCUCAUCGUCACCUUCCGUUUCUCCGCUGGCAGUGGACCAACAGCAACCCGCAACAGCAGCAGCAACAGUAAGUACAUCGCCGCCACAAGUUCGGGCGGAAGCGCCGCCACUCAAAAUGGAUGAUUCUGCUAUUUGUGAUGCGGAAAUAGGUGAUUUGAUAAACGUGGUCACAUUAUCUGACCAGCAGGUGCCUCAGAAGCAACGUCAGCUGCAGGAUGUCGAUGCCGCCAAGCAUACACUCAUGUAUCACAAUCGAACUUCGUCGUCGUCGCCACAACUGCAGAGCAGCUUGAAAAAGUACAAAAUGGGCGAACGGAGCAGCGGAAUCCGACGGCGAGUUUCGUUUCCGAAAGAUGCGCAGCUCAUCACCGGCUAUCUGGAGCCGAUUGAUCCGUGGGCGUGUGUAACCAUUAUAAGUGUGCCGGAACUUAACGAAUUAUACCAGAAAUCUUGCGCGAAACACUCUACUGAACCACUACCCAUGAUCACGGAGCACCUCAAUAAGCUGGACCUUGCCGUGAACCAGCGAGUACCGUUGCUUUCGCUGAAGGAUCAGAAUCUCAGCCAUGGCUCGUGCGAAGCGCUGGAGGAAAUCUUCAAACGUGUUCAGUACCGCAGUAUUAAUCUCUCCAACGCCGGACUGGACGACACCAGUGCCAGUGUGCUGUUCGAUAUGAUCGAAUACUACGAAGCCGCUAACGAGCUGGACAUCUCCGAUAAUCUAGCCAUGUCGAACAAGAGUUGGCUUGCCUGCAUCAACAUGGUAAAAAAGAGCCAAGCGUUGAAUGUGCUGAUCACCCGCGGACCAGCAAUAUCCGAACAUCAUGCUAUGAAUCUGGCGAAGGCGCUGAACACGUCCAAGGUCCACACGCUCAAACUAGAACACUGUGAACUGAGCCAGCGGCCGCUGGCAACGUUGUGCAAUCUACUGAAGAGAAACACGAUACUUAGGGAGCUGUCGCUGGCGCACAAUCAGCUGACCUGUGAUGAUGCUAAGAAUGUGGCCAAUCUGCUGCGGUCCAACUAUCACAUCCAACUGUUGGAUAUCUCGAACAAUAGCAUCGGGGAUAAGGGCGUAGAAUACAUCGUGAACGCACUGAUAGAUCAAUCGAUUUACUUCAAAACGAUGCAGGAAACGAAGCGAAAGAGCGAGUUCAGCUUUGCCGAUCUUUCCAGUAGCCUCAGCAACAUCAACAGUAACAAACACUACUUCCCCAAAUCGUACGGUAAACCAUCACAAAUGCGUCAGUCAAAGGUCCACCAGCAGCAGCAGCAUCUGCAACCGAAACUUUCUGAAAGUUCGAUCGCUGGCGCCAUGUCGCCGACGCCACUUUCAAUGCUGUUGAACGAAACUCCAAAAACGCCACCGCCAACGCCGGCCUUACCUGUACGCACACCAUCGGGAGAAGCACUUCUCAUGUCAACCAGUUUGUCACCACCAGUUGAAUCCCAGGAAGAGGAACCACCACCCCUACUUCUUCCGACUGCACCUGCAGAAGCCACAACCGCGUUAGAUGAAUCUUCAGAUUUGCAAGAGAAAAGUACAAAUAAUGAUAGUGGUAUUAAUAGUAGUGUUUCUAGCGAAGCGGAACAAACGAUUAGCGAUAGUAGCGGGAAUAUUGUGGUGAGCACCGAAGUACAGCAACAGAAAGCGCAACCUGGCAGUGAGGAAGAGGAGCACUUGGCGGGUGUGGUAUCUUUAGAACAUGAUACAAGAGUAGAUGGGAUGUUGGAUAGUGAAAUGACCAGUGACAUUAGUGGUGAUAAUUUAGUUGAUUCGGGGCUAGUGGUUUGUGACUCACAGGACAACAAUAGGACUGAUAGUGCUAGUGACGUUGAAGGUAGUGGAGAAGAGGGCAAUGCUACCGAAAGGGACAGAGGAGAGAUACAGACUUUAGAGCUCACGUUCGAUCUGGGUGAUGAAGUGGAGGUUAAGGGACCUAAGAAAGCAAGGCUCGCUAAACAGGACAGUGUACUGAGUGAAUUUGAAUCAAGCAUGCCUGAGCUUAAACUGAAAACGGAUAUUCCAAAGAAGAAAACAACCCCGAGCAAAGCGGAGGAACCCAUGGAUGAGGAUACACCGGAAAUUUGCGCGGACUACGACGAUCCAAAUCUCAAAAUAGUGGAAGAGAAUCUUCUUGUAGAUAGGAGUAUCAAUGCAAAUAGCAGUGAAUCAAAUGACACCAAAGAAGAAGAAGAUAACAAUACAACCGAUAACGACGACAGUGCACCUGUCACUCCGUUGACCACUCACAAAAAAGACGAACUGCAAUUACUAUUGGAAAAAGCCAAGCAACAGGAAGAACAGGAUGAAGAGACUAUUCAUCAUCCUUCAAUGUUGAAGGCUACACUACAGCGUACCGAAAUCGUGGGAGCAAAAAACACAAUAGAGGACAUAACGUCUACAAUUGCUCCUCAAAGCCUGGGAACAAUUCAUCUUAAGAUAGUUGAAGGGCAACUUAAAGACAAACCUCUGUCGCGAUCGCUGGAUAGCACUGGAUCAUCGGAAUUCGAAAGCCCAUUCUUAGGAGGCAGUCAACCGCCAGCGUUCCCUAAUGAACGAUCGUUUAGUUCGGAAAGCUUGAAUAGCGAAACCUCUGUUGAUUCGAACGACUCCAAGAGUAGUUUGAAGAUAAUUGAAUCGAAAUUUGCUGCUCGUAACGGAACACUCGAACGACAGCAGUCAAAUGCAAGCAGAGAAACGCCACUAACAGAUCAAUCGCAGAAUACGCCUUGUGGUUUGCAGGUGUUGGUUUUGUGGAAUAAUGAAAUCACCCGGAAUUCUGCUCAAACCUUUUCCGAUUUGAUCGAAAACACCUCCACGCUGGAGAUACUGAACGCGGGUUGCAAUUUACUGUGCAAUGACUUUGUUGGCAGCAUCAAGAGUAGCCUGAAGUCUAACAGUAGCCUGACUAGUUUGGGGCUGCAGGGAGCACAUCUGUCCGAUAAUGGUGCUAAAGUAAUGGCGGAAGUGAUUGAGUUUGGCGGCAAUGCCACGCUACAGAGGAUCGAUCUGCGAAACAAUAACAUAUUGGCAACGGGGCUGGACUAUCUGAACGAAGCGAUGAAGUCCAACAAGUCCGUCACGAGGAUCGAUCUGGACGACGUACCGCGGCGAGUAGUGGAAAACGCCUUGGAAAUUGGCCCGGAGUAUGUCCGGCUAUUGAACAACAUUCGUGCCCAGUGCGAACGUAACAAACACCCGCAGGAACCGUCGGAACCGAUCAGCACAUCCAUCAAGCGAUUGCGAAGUUCGCAUCUCAGCUCGCGGAAAAUCUCGCUCACCUGCACACCAUCGAUCCGUGCCAAGCCGAGUACGGCAACCGCCGGCGAGAAGCACCAUCACCAUCUGCUGGAUCCGAGCAAGAAAACUGGUGGGCGAUUACGUUCUCCAUUGCCAAGUCCGAUUCCAUCACCCAUCGCAUCACCGGUGCCGAGUCCCUCGCGGAAUCGAUUCCAGGUGACACGUGUCGGCGAGUCUACCGGCAGUACCAGUAGUCUCACCAGUAUCAACAACACGAGCAAUACAUCUACCUCACCGUCGCCUUCAUCGACGGGAAGCUCGCCGACACUGUUUUUCGCGGCAAAUUCUCGCUUUCGUGUUGUAACCGUUGAGGAACCGGCAUCGUCGUCGUCUGUGCCUAACUACCCGCUAGGGAAAAUGUCAUCUUCGUCCAUUUCGCCAUCACCGCUCGUUACGGGUGGUAUCAGUCGGAUGCCACCAACCAGUAGCAGUUCAGCGCCUGCAUUGUCCUCAUUCGUCAGUUCACCGAAACUAACACCGUCGCCAAUACAACAACAGUCAGUUGCUACCAAUACACCUUUGCCACCGGUGCUAGGACAACAUCAGCUACCAGUACCCUCACCACCACCACCACCACAACAGCACCACCCGCAGACACAAUUCCCACCGCCCCUACCAGCUGCAAUACCUUCAGUCCCACCGACGACACCAAAGCCCAAGCAUGCAAGAUUACCUUCCACUAGCAGUACGCUGAACGAUUCGGUCAUUUCAUCCACGUCGAUCGAGAGUCCGGAUCUCGAAGUGAAACGGUUUAUGAGCGGAGCCGUAGGAUUAUACCCUAGCACUGGACAAACUCGAACGCACUCUUCCACCAUGGACGAUAGCUGCUGUUCCUCCAUUAGCAGUAGCAUUGAUUCGAUUGACAAUGUGCACUUCAACAACACCUCCAUCAGUUCGACGGAUGAAAGCUUCGAUUUGAUCGUUAGUUCACCUUCAUCUUCAUCGAUAUCGAUCGGAUCGGUUAGCACGGCUCCGUUGGUAAAAUCCACAUCCAGUCAACAGGGAGACUGUACUACACUUAUCCCUCAGAAACAACAACAACAACAGCAACACCAACAAAAGCAACAACAACCACCACAAUUGCUAACUCCAACGAUCAAAGAACCCUCUAGCUUAGUAGUCAAUGCUAAUCUGUUAAAAGUGAAGAACAAUAGCUUGUCCAGUUUGGAGAUGAGCACCAGUUCGCAAGAAUCCUUGUACGAUGUGCAGGACUUGUCGUCGGUGUCGGUAUCGUCGUCGGGUGGAUCGUCUUCGCUGGUCGGAGGCGUUGCUGCCCGAUUGACUUUACCGGCCAGUAGCGGUAAUUCCAAUGAAAAUACCCUGACGUCGAUUCAGAGUUUGGACAAGGAUCAUAAACCAGCUGCAACCGUGAAAUCCUUAGACAAGCCACCCCGCGUGCGGAAAACAUCUUGGAUAGCAUCCAUUGGUAAUCAAUCGAAAGCGGACGGCGGUUCGACGGCCUCGUCCUGUGGAAACAGUUCCGGCAGUGGUUACUCGCCUGCCAUCGAAAAACUGCUGUCCAUCUUCAAUCCAAGCAAUUUAUUUUCCUCCAACAAAUCUAGUCCACCGAGUUCCGAAUGUGGGACGGUAGCCACCGGCGGAGGAUCCUCAGCCAUAGCAAAAGAAAAUACAUCCUCUUCGCAACCUCCCUCGCGUAAAGAAAGUCCUAUGGGAGGUUUGUUCCCGUGGUCUAAGUCUACGAAAGACGAGGAAAAGGUGUUGAAGGUGAACAUUUCGCCGGAGAAUACAAUCGUCCCACAGCAGGCUCACCCGCUAAGCCAAUCGCAGCAAUCGCCUCAACUUCCGGCGUUUAGCGUAGACAACAUACCUAGUCAGCUGAAGACGGAAAUUAAAGAAAACAUCUCCCCGGAAAACACCAUUACAAACAAGCUAUUAAUAAACCCACCACCAUCGUCUCAAGUCAUAGCUCCGGUGAGUGCAGCAGUGCCAGCACCAGCAGCCGCUCCAACAGCUGUUGGCUCACCUCAUCCAAAAGUCAUAUUCCGUCUAGGGGAUGACUACGACGAUUCCGAGGAUGAUAUCGACACUCUCACGAACAAGUUUGGCGGUGGCGGCGGAGGAAGUGGUGGCAGUUCGGCAGACCUCCACAGACCAUUGUUAUCCAUACUGGGAACCAGCACCGGAAGCACCACCACCAACAGUAGCGGAAUCAGUAUCAGUAGCAACAUGGCCGAAGGAUCACCCAUACCAUCCGGUGGAGGUAUCCUGCAAACCGGUCAUCUCGGCCAGCUGGCAAGGGAUUCUUUGACCACUAUGUUCAAGAACGCAUCGUUGACGUCCCAAGAUUCGAUCCGUUCGAUGGACUCUCUUGUAGAGAUGACUGAUACGAUGUCUCAGAUACCGUCACAACAGCAGCAGCAGCAGCAUCAUCAACAGCGGCAGCAACAACAUCAGCAUACACCGGAUGACACGCAAGCUCAGUAGCCGACUUGGGUGGAACGUAAAAGUGUCGAAUGGUUGAUAUGAUUGAUUGUCUUCAGAACGAUUUAGGUGAGAGGUUGUUUUUUCGAGGUAGGUACCUACUACAGAACCGCUCGGAUGCGCUAUGAUUUCCAAACGGACGAGAGAGCUUGAUAGAGCGCCCGAGGGAGGUGAUGUGUGUUACCGGUUUGCAUGUUUCCUCCAACAACCAUCGUAGUUUUAUUUUAUCGAUUUAUUGAGAAGCAAGAAGUAAUUAAUGUGCCUUCUUUAAAAUGCGAACACGGAAGAACUCGAUUUGUCUAGAAAACUGAAGAAAGAAUACGUCGGGACGCGGAACUGAGCAGGUGAGAAGUUACGAAUUACUUAAAUUAUACACAACAAUGUCGGGAACGGAAGAGGCUAGAAUAUUGAGAAUAUUAAAACGAGAUACAACGUGACUGCGGAUGUCUGUUUCCGUUGUUGAAACUGAGAAUGUUUGUGUGGUGAUAAUUUGCUGCGAUGUGCGAUGAGGCUCUGUUUUGUAUGGGAAAGGGUGUUACAUUUGUUCUUCGUUUAUAUUUUGACUGGUCAACACAUAUCCGUUGUUUGAAACACUUCAUUUUUGGCUGUUAUUCCUGAACGUCUGCUAUUCUCGUCGCUAAUUAGUUGUCAUUGGAUGUACAUUUGGGAUUCAAAUCCCACCAAUAUCAUGAUGAUUUCCUAAGUUCUGAUGCCCGUGUUAGGGAUGUUUGCGUAGAAGAAAACAGCUUUUUCGACAAAUCUCCGUCUCUACUUCUUCAACAUUUCCGUCUAAGAAUAUGUCUCUAGCGUGCAGAAUUCAACUCAAAUUUCAGUUCCGUUCCAACACACAAUUUGAGCUGAUUAAAGGCUGAACAAGCCAAUGUUUAGCUGAAGAAGCAUUUUUCCCCUCAAUAAGCUCUCCUUCCAAUGUGUUCACUAAAGUUCGUUAAAACUACGGUUACUCGUAGACCGAUUAAUCUUUUCCUCGAUUUUCCUCAUAUUCUAGCAGAUUUCUGGUCGAAUUAGUGACAUAUACUCAUAUUCGAGGAAAAUUUUACCCAGUCCAUGCAGACCGUGGUUUUUGUGAAUUUGAGUUAAGCGGAACGGAUGCUUCGUCUGGCAUUCAGGUCACAUGCCACGAUGAAAUUCUUCUGAUUUCGCGUCUGUUUGAUAAGAUCAUUCUUGAACUUUCUUCGUAUUAAUAUGUAGUACGGUGUACUAAACCCCGUAAUUGACCGUUUCAGUCACAUCCGUUGUUAGAACUGAAAGCAACCACUAGUCGCCACGAGGACACUCACCCGUGGGCUUCGUGGUAUCGCAGCUCAGCAGAACAUAUCUGUAGGCGAACGAUUGAAAGAAAGAGUGGAGAAAGUGGACGAACAAUGAAGUUUUGAAGUGUCGUCUUGGUUAGGUAUUCUAGGGCAUACGUCGACCCUGAGGCAAUGAAAGGGGGGGGGGGGGGGGUCUCAGUAUUGCUGGUACAUAACACGACUAACAUGAGUCGCAGAUGAACGUGGGAUCUAUAGCUCUGAAGUCAGAAACGUAAACGAAGGUUGCCCUGUUCUUUGGUAUAAAGACUGCCACCAUCUCAUUUCUCCUGUUGUCCGCCUCUAUAAUGUGUAUAUUUUUCCUGUUCAACACUAGCGUGUAACUUGUGGACCGACAAUGCAAUGGUUUGUGUUCGUAUUUCAUUAAACAAUUUGAACGCUGCUGGUUAAUCACCCUGGGACGCCACUCAGAUUUGAUGAAAUGACAUAAAAUAAACAAUAAUUGCAUCGUUUUAGAUGCAUUUUUAUUUCCAAUUUGUUCUUCAUAGUAAAACUCAAAAGUCCUGUCCAUCCCUUGUUUUACUCUCCGUGACAUCAUUUGUCGAACUGGAAAUGAAGGAUUAUGCGGUGCCGGUUACCGAACAGAUCGUCAUUUCUCUCCCCUUGCUUCCUCGUCUUCUCUGGUUACUGCCACGUUAUUCCAAUUUGGGCAGGAUUUCUUUAAAUACUCUUCCAUGUUACAUAUGAACCACUUGUUUUCAAAGGUAACAUAACAUAUUUUAUUUUAAAUAUUUCAGUUAUGCAUUCUUCAAUGUUUAUUCCCACUUGAACAUAAUUUCGAAUUUUCCAAUUUCCGUAUCUGGUUUCGGUCUUGUUUUUGUCUGGAAUAUUUGUUUCGCUAAACCAACAACUAGCAACGCCCAUCGCCAGUGUGAACGAGUAUCGAAUGAACAUGCGUUUGAAUUUGAGUUUGAAGUAGUAUGAAAAUAUCACAUAUUAAUCAAAUAAAAAAAUAAAUAAAAACGAGUAACCGGAGUACUUAUGCAAAUGCAAGAAACUGAGAACGUGAAUGUGAAUGUAUUAGGAAAAAAAACAAAAAUGACAAAACAAAACUAAAUUGGACCUGAGAAGAAAACAAAAACGAAGGAGAAAUGAGCAACAACGUAUUGAAUAUGAACACUACAACAAGAAAUGAAGUAUUAAACGAAUAACAGAAACGACGAAGGGAGAUGUACUUGCGUAACUUUACCCUUAAUCAAUGCCAUUGUGAUAUUAGUUUUAAUCGACGUGAUUAUUUUUAAUAAGUAAGAUGCGAUGCGAGUAAUGAGAGAGAGAGAGAGAGAGAACUCUUAGCAAGUCAACUAUAUAAGUGAUAAUUUUUUUUUCUUGAAUGAAUAUGUGUGCGUAUGAUUGAGUGACGAGUCAGUGUUAUUCUAGUUUCAACAACGGAAAGCAUGCAAUGCAGUCAACUUUAUACAAA